AUGUCGGUAACCGAUAUGGUGAAGCUUUACGAGCGGUUGCUCGAGGACAUUGGCAGUCUAUUCCGAGAUAGAUUAUUCGCAGAUGUCGACAUCAUCCUUCCCGAUGAGGAACACAUCCGAGCACACAAAUGUAUCCUUGCCGUUCGCUCACCGCUGUUUAAAGAAUAUUUUGAACCAAAAGAUCCUGGUAAAGCUACAGAUGAUGAAGUAACAAACGUAUCAAGGAGUGAAGUUACGAAUGAAGCUACGAACGAAGUUCCGAGUAGCAAUACUGCCAUAGACAGUCCAUCCGUAAUUUCCGUCGAUUCAAUAUCUCUAGACUCGAUUGAGGAUGUUGUCGAUAUGGAGAAUAUUUCAACGAGUGCAAAUAAUGACAGUGAACAGUGUAACGUCCAAACUGUUCGCCUCACAACCCUCCUCAAUCUCACCUCUGACUAUGCUUAUAUAACUCCUCAGUCUCUCUCAAAGGCCUUCAAACCGAUAAUUCAUUAUUUCUACAAAGGCACUCUUAUGUGGAAUACUAUUAUUGUGUCACCCUCCAAUUUUUGUGCGUUUGUCUAUCUUACAUACUUCUUGAAGCUCACUGCCCUCACGGAUCUAGCAACAAACAAGAUAAAAUCAAUCCUUUCGCCAAGUAAUAUAGUACCUUUUCUCAAUCACUUUUGCUCAUUUCGCAAGACAUCGAAAUGGCCUUGGUAUGAUGCUCUAGCUCAAACGUGCUUCGAGUACUUACAUUCGCAAGAUGGACUAAGUGAGAAGAAUUUCCAAGUAUUCAAAAUGGAAACGAUGUCACUGGAGACAGUGGAAUAUUGUCUGAGAUCAGAGAUAGGAUUAAAUGGUAACCUACCGGUGAAAAGGCAUCGAAUUGCGGGUCAGGCUACUGCUGAAGCAAAGGUGGUGAAGUUUUUAGGAAAGUGGAUUUCUACACAAAGAGAUGAUAUUGAGUUCGGAGAUAUGUUCGACUGGAUUGAUUUGUCUUACUGUGGACCAAGGGCUUUAAUCGAGGAGGUGAAGCCAAUGGGUUUAUUCUCGCCACAGAAGAUAUAUGACGCAAUGGAAGCAAUACUUACGGACCAAAUAAGCGAAGAUGAACAACAUGUUGCCGUUAGAGGUAUUCGAAAUGAAAAUAGAAGGCUUUCAUCGGGUCUCGAAUUCUUUGGAAUGUAUUCUAAGCGUCAGAUCUGA